AUGGUGGCAAGGGCCCGAAACAAGGCGCAGACCAGCAAGACGAAGGUUCGAAACGAACGCAGGCGAAACUUCAAUGGCGGAAGGAACUUUGCCGAAGCCAAGACACCGUCGAAGAAGCCUGUCAAACCGGGAGCGGCGGCGGCUACAACACAUCCCGCGGGGGAGAGAGAGCGGCAGUCCUUCAGCUGGUGCACGCGGGAGGAAGCAGCGGCGUUCGCAGAGCUCAACGCGGCGGCGGAGGAGAAGCACAGAACCGACGGCGAGAGAAGCAGCGGGUUUAGUGCGAGGCGCGGCGGCGGAGCGGACAAGAGCGGCACAGGAGGUGCAGACAGAGGCGAAGAGCGAGUCCCAAAGGCGGGGCCGAGGAAGAACAAGGCGCAACCAAAGGGGACACCGAGAGAUGCGGCCGAGACAGAGGUCUGCGGUGGCGGCUCGGGGGAGCUCGGGGGCCGAGUAGCAGGCACGGGAAACAAACACCCGCCGGAAAGCCGAGGUAGACGUCGGCGAAAACGAAAACACCGGCGCGGGAGAUUUGCGACCCACCGGAAAAAGCCUACGAAACCAACAGCGCGGGAAGAAAAGAGACCCGCCGGAACAGCUGCUGGGGCCAAUGCCUAUGGUGAGGAGACGGUGGCAGCUUCGAACAGCAGAAGAAGCCGGGGGACAAACCAGAUCCAGCACCAACACGCACAACCAGGAUCGAAGGGAAGAGAAAAGAAGGUAGCCAAGCUACCAAACAAAGAAACUUCCCGAGCACGAGCACCAAACGACCAAACCCGGAAACCAGCAAAACCGUGA